AAAAAAGAAAAAAAAGAAAAAAGAAAAGAGGAAAAAAGAAGAAAGACUGCAUAUUCGGAAAGAAAGAACGAGAGGAAAAAAAAAGCGUGUCAAAACAUAAUACAGAAAGUAAAUUUCAAGAAGAGAAAGAAUCGAUAGUUCAGAAACGUUUUCUAAUGAAGAUGAACAAGAGAAAUAAAAGUAUGAAAAUAUCAAUACAAACGGGAAGAAGAAUAAGGGAAUAAUGUAUUCCGGUCGAGCGAGUGUGGUUAUGUCGCCGCGAAUAAACGCGUCAGCGUUGAGAUCGUCGAUCGAACGUUUUGGCGUUAUUUUCAAAAGCGAUAAAUACCUAAGACGAGUUCGACGCUGAGGCCUUGCGGGUCAUAAUUAACGUUGAGCAUGACCGGUUUAUUAUACUUUGGUAUUGACUGUCCAUUGUUUGACAAAGUCAAUACUGUCACCGCGCGAAAGGUUUUCGCCAUUUUUCGACAACCGCGUGUCGUUUUUGUGCGCCCCUACGAAAGACUCGGCCACCCGUUCGCUUCGCGGUGGCAGCUCGCGAGCCGCACGUUUUCCUUUUAAAGAUAAAAUAAAUAAUGAAUCACCGUUCACGUACAGCCCAAGACCGAGCAAAAAACAUGAAAAAUUUCACCCGAAUUCGCAAUUUUCGAGUUCGCACAUCGGACCAUCGACCAACCACCCCUCGGCGCGGUUCGCACACGCGCACUAACCGCCUUCGAUGCCCGAAGCCGAAAGGGAGAUUUUACCGCCGAUCUACCAUUACUUCUAUUAUUUUUUCUUUUCUUUUUUUUUUUUUUUUUUUUUUUAUGAUCGUUUGUUUUUCUUUGCGCGUUUAUUAAUAUUUAAAGAUCGACAAAGAUUAUGGUAUUAUCUUGAAAUUUGUAUUCUUUUUAUUGUAAAUUUAUGCAAGUCAUUUGACCGAUGUAAAUGAAUUUGACAAAUUAUGUUAAAACAUCGGUUGUCGAAAGGAGGAAAAAUGGCGGCUAAGUUGUUGCGUGAGACGCAGUUCGUCGUGCCGGGUCUAUAAUAGUAUGUAUAGUCUCCGAGUAUAUUGAAAGUUAGGGUAGUGUACAAUGCUUGUCGUACCAAAGAAAAGAAUCCGUAUCCUAGAUCGAAUCCACCAGUUGGCGCAAUCAGUUGUCUUAUAAUCUGAUCAAUGAUUAGCACUGGUAACCACCAAUCAUCGAUAGUGCAGUGUAGAAUGCGUUCGCUAAUUGGUGCAUACAUUUCGUUACUUCAGGAAAUGGAAAAGGCUGUAUUUUCAUAUAAAUAUAACUUCAUGUAUCAUAGAUUUCUUGUGAUAAAAGAAAAAACAAAAAUGAUAAUAAAAAGAAAUUUGAAUAUAAAGUAUCAUCGUGAUUAAUUAAUACCUAAGACGAUAAAUAAUAGAACAUAUAAUUACAAUGCAAUCAAAUCUCGAAAGUGGAUUGCAAUUAAUUACAAGGUUAAGAAAAAAUCUAUGUGUUUCAGAGUUUGAUGAUACUCUUUUUUUUAACGGAUUAAAAAAUACGGACAUUAUAGAAAUAACUGGAGAUGUAUCCAGUGGAAAAUCACUUUUGUUAGCGAACAUUCUUGCCAAGUGCAUACUUCCUUAUAGGUACGACGAUAUUCAUGUUAAAGGUCUUGCAGCUUCAGCGAUAUUAAUAAAUACUGAUUGUCACUUUCAAAUAUCAAAAUUAGUUAAAAUAAUGACGACGAUUGUGACUGAUGUAUAUAAAUCCAUUGAUAUAAAGAAAGUAAAUAAUGAAACGAUAAAUAAAAUUGUUAAUGACGUGCUCGAUAAUUUAAUUAUAAUUAAUUGUUAUGGAAAUGAUCAAUUUCUAUUAACAUUACAUACGUUAGAAAGUAUAUUAUUUUGCAAUGAAAAGAUUGUAAUUUUGGCAAUCGAUAGUAUAUCAGCAUAUUAUUGGCAAACCAGAGAAAAUAAUGAUAUUAAGUCUCUAGAUACCUACGUGAUAAAUUUAAUAAAACUUAUUCGAGCAACCACAUCUCAAUACAAUGUUAUAACGAUUUAUACAAGACCAAGUGGAUUGACUAUAAAUGAUAUUAAGUCCAUAAAAUUUAUUACUACAAAUAUUUUAAAAGAAUUAAAUUAUAUUAUUCGCUUAUUUAAAAAUAAUGAUUCAGAAAAACAUUUGUGCUUAAUAGAGUCAAAAAAAGAAACAAGAACUAUUAGCUUUAUGAUUAAUACUGGUAUUAUUAAGUGGAUAACAGAAAGAGAUUAAUUAAAUAUUUACAUUUAUAAAUUUAAUCUUUUAUUCCCAUUAAAAGGACUUCAUUUACUAUGUCUGAUGGAUUUAAUAAUCGAGAUCCUGCUAGUGUUAUGGAACAAUUUGUUUUAUACAGGGACACUAUCUCUUGAACUUUCCUACUUUCUUCCGGUGUAAUACCACCAACAACAUAUAUUAAUAUCCAUGGGUUAUCUGCAGGAUGAUGUUCCGUUUUGCUUUUCGAAAAAAGACUAUAACAUAAUAGUUUAGAUAUUAUUUGAUCAUAGGUGAAGUAUAUUAUAUAUACUUACUUGAAACUAAUACUGGAAUGCAUUGAUGUUGCGUGUAGAUCAUGAAUUUUAGGUCUCUUCGGAUUUAUUAUAUCUUUAACUAAUUGUUCUAAUAUACCAACAUAUUGAACCAUUUCACUAGGAUGAGGAUCAGAUACCAGAGAUCUGUAAUAUAACAGAAUUUAAUUUAUUCCAUAAAAUGUUUUGUCAAAAUUAAGAAAUGAUGUGAUUUUAAUGAAAUUACACAUAAUUGCGCAAUCCUUCUCGUUUUUUUGCUAUAUCAUGUAGCAUGGUGAUAAAAUGUUUUGCUGUCUUCAUUGAUAUCUCUUUUGCAGAUUCAUCAUCUGUGACUCCUAAAUUAAUUGAUAUUUUUUAAAUUAUCUUAAAACACAGGGAUAUAAUUACUAUUAUUUUAAUGAAAAUUUGUUAUUGAUACAAACCUAAUAACAAUAAAAUUUGUUGGUAAACUCCA